UCCUGUGAAAAAUCGAUUUUAUUUAUCCUGUGCCGUACUGUCAUAUCCUGAGCUUUCGCUGGUCAUUGUCAUUGUCGUCGUUUUCGCUUUCAGUGUAACGGAAAGGAAAACAAAAAUCAAAGAUCUUACGCAUGAACAAAGAUGAUUGUUACCUCUGCUUCUGGCGUGGAUAGCACUCCUACAUUGGGUACUGUUGAGGUCACCACUCUAUUGGGCGCAUUCUUUGGUGUACUUGUCCUACUCUUGCUACUAUUCCUGUAUAUAAGUCGAAAAUGUUGUUUCCAUCAUCGACAUGGCAUUAAUUGUUGUGAUGAACGUCAUCUGGCUGCAAAAUGUGUUCAGAAGAUCACAAGAAAACGUCGCUAUGAGAACACAAGUUCCGAUUCGGAGGAGGAUAUAUUGCGACGUUUACGAUGGCAUCAGCAGAGCCAACAAAAUGACAAAUUGGCCGGUUACGGCAUGAAUAGCAAUCAAAUCAAUCCGUUGACAGCUCACAGUUUCAAUUAUCAUCAACCUGAUGCCGACCUGCAAAGAGUCACGGUGACGCGUGACCCUUUGGCCAUUGCCGAAAGGGGCAAGGUCGGCAUACCGUCAUCGCAUAGUGAGUGCAGCUCGAAUGAUUCCAUGGAGGCAUCUGUCGACAGUCAUACAGGUAUUCUGACGGGGGAAAGGGAAACCAAAGGUAAAUUCAAUUUGCUCAAUCAACAAACGAUACUAUAUAAUAUCUAUGUUUACUUACAUGUAGGUUUUCCCAUCACAGCGUUAAGGCAAUCAUCUUAUCCAUCUUAUCAUCGUUCUAAAAUUCUUCAUACGCAACGUUAUCAACAGCAUAAGGUUGAGGUUUUGGCGCCAAAACAGGAUAAAAUACAGGACAACAGGGAUCGUGAUAAUGUAGUAGUUGUGCCAAUAACUAAUACCCUCAGUAAUAACAACAACAACAACAACAACAACAAUAACACCUCUACUAUAAACAACAACAACAACAACAACACUAAUGACGACGAACCCCUCUUUGAUACCAGCGAUCUACGCUCCAUUAAGUCAGAUGAUAUGCUGGUUAAUGAUGCCAAGGGUACACCACCCAGAGGACCCAUCGAAUUGGAGAUGUCACUACUGUAUGAUGCUCCCAUGCGAAAGAUGACGAUUCAUGUGAUGCAGGCACGCUGCUUACCACCAUUGGCCACUGGACAGCAGACGCACACCCAAGUCCGUAUGCUGAUGCUGCCCAACAAGAAGCAGAAGCAUAAAACCAAAAUACGCAGCGGUGAGAAUCCUCAAUAUAUGGAAAGCUUUCUCCUGCAUCGCGUCAAUCCGGAGGAUGUCAACAACAUGGGACUGCGUGUGCGUCUCUAUGGUUGUGAGCGACUGCGGAAGGAACGUCUGAUAGGCGAGGCAUAUGUGAGUUUUGCCACAGUUGAUCUGGAACUGGAGACCAAUCUGUGGCUGCCCCUCGAGCCUCGCAAUACUUCAUCGGUUUUGGGAUCAACCAGCGAUUUACUAAGUUUGGCCAGAUCAGACAGUGCCGGCUCCACAUCCUCCAUGCAGCACGGCGGUGUGUCCGAACUGCUGCUGGGACUGAGCUACAACGGAGUCACUGGUCGUCUGAGCGUCGAGAUCAUCAAGGGCAGUCAAUUUCGAAGUCUGUCGCUGAACAAGGCGCCCGAUACAUAUGUGAAAUUGUGUAUGGUCAGCAGUAUUGGCCAGGAGAUAUCACGGGCAAAGACUUCGAUUCGCCGUGGACAGCCCAAUCCGCUUUUCAAGGAGACAUUCGCCUUUCAGGUGGCCUUGUUCCAGCUUAACGAUGUCACUCUAAUGAUCUCUGUGUAUGCCAAAAGGCAUAUGAAGAAGAACGAGAUGGUCGGUUGGUUUAGUUUGGGCCUCAAUUCAUCGGGGCCAGAGGAAGUGGCCCAUUGGGCGGAUGUUUGUGAGAUGCCGAAAGGUGAGAUGUUGGCGCGAUGGCAUGUCCUGGUGGAUUCUUGAUUCGAGCAGUUAGGACAGUCUUCUGGACGCAGCAGUAAAGCCCUCAAGAAAUUGGGUUUCGCUGCUUCAGCGUUCAAGGACAGGUCCAAAGAGAAGGUUGCCAAAGAGAAGCAUUGCUCCGAUGACGAAGCCGAUCAGUUUCCAGCUGACAAUGCGGUGGCAGUCGACAUUGAGCCGGGCUUGGAGUUAGACUUUGUCUAAAACUGAUAGCCAGCAUUUGAUGGCUAUCUUUGGCCAGUGGUAAUUUUGUGAUUUGUUUUUUUCUAUGGAGCUGCCCCUCUGACUCCGGGGUUAUAAAUAUAAAGAAACAAAAAAAAAAAAAAAGUAUUGUAAUUUUUCAAAAGAUCCGUCACUCAUUGCGAGUCCGGACCCUAACCCCCCCUCCCUUAUGAAAGGUCUGCGCGGGGGGGUUUGGAUAAACAAAAUUUGUAAUUGGAAAACAAUUUGGCACACAUUUUUUGUAUAAAAUGUGAAAAAGAAACACAAAAAAAAAACACGUAACAAAAAAGAACUACUGAAAAAUUAUUGUAAUACUAAUUAUUAUCUUAGAAUAUCGAAAUUUUAUACGCAAUGGAUACAAAGUAACAUACUAAACAUAAAAUACUUAUUACUCGAAAUUUGAACUUUAUAAUUGUUUGUGAUAAUGCAUAACUAUAUAUACAUACAUAUAUGGUAGAAUCGGUGGAUCAGGAUCAACCAGCAGUUGAGAGAAUAUCGCAGUGAGUCUCAAUGUCGGAAUUUUUUGUAAAAAACCUAAAAUUUCUGCAUCUUAUCUAUAAACAUAUAUAUAUAUAUACUUAACCUAAAUGGUUCCAAAACAACAACAACAACAACAACAAAACCAAAACAAAAUGUGUCUUCUAAGACAAAUUAGCACUUUUUUUAUUACAAAAUAAUUCUUAAAUCCAAUCCCAAGUGAAUAGCAACAAUUGUAGCAAAUAACUAUAAAUACUUACAUAAAUUACAUACAUACAUUAAACGAACGAUUGAUACACUUGAUUAAAUAUUUUUGAUCAAGAGCCAUACGCAUUGUUCCAGUUUUUGAUAUGCAGUUAAACGGUAAAGCUAUAUAUAUAAACCAGUACCUUAGAAUUCAAAACGCACAAAGAUCUAUUGUACAAGUGACAGACAGACAGAAGAGUUGAUAUUGAUAAAGAAUCUGCAGAGAGAACACAUGAAUCUCUCUAAAGAAUAACAAAUAUUGGAUUUGGGUUUGUUAAUGUUAAGAAUAAUACAAACAUAUAGAUAUAUCUAUAUAUAUAUAUAUAUAUAUAUAUAUCAGAACUAGAGCCAGCAAAGGGAUUUAGAUAUGAGGUGAAAUGAUAAAAGAGAAUAUCUGGCAUUGAAUCUAAAUAAGUUCAACUUAUAUACAGAAAAGCUUUAAUAAAUGUCGGUAUUAGUUUUAU